AUGUCCAUCCUGCAGGCAUCGCACACCGGCACGGUGCCCUGGCUGCUCACCGCCUCUGGCGGACUGGUCAAGCGGUGUCGGGAGUCGCCGGAGCGGCUGGUUUCCCCAGAGCGGCCGGCACCGGACAGCGGCUGGGCCAGCUGCCGGCUGCCAGCCACGCGCCACCUGCAGGUGCUGUACGCCAACUGCGGCCACUUGCACGGCCGACCCGUCUGGACCGUGCUCGGAGUCAGGGUCAGGUACGAAAUGAGCACGUGGCGGCGGUCUCCACACAUGGGAGUCUACCAGCUGACCAGCGUGGUCCGCUUCACUGAGGUGGACGUGUCGCCAAAGAAGCGGAUCUCCAGGUUCUGGAGCCAGUGGGACAAUUCGCGCUGCGACGGCGACGUGUGCUGGUCGGAGCUGCUGCACCCGCUGACCGCGACGUUCGGCGCUGAGCCGCUGGCCGCCAGUGUACGAGAUGUGCUGCUGGUCACCACCCUGCUGGCCGCCACGGCCCUGUUCACGCGCCACCUGUGGUGACGAGUGACACCUGGCGGGCGCUAGACCAAGCUGAACUGCGCCAUUUGGCUGUUGAACGGCUUAUCGCAGCUGUACUUAUUCUACCUGAGAGUAUUUUGUUCAGACUGUCAGCACGCAGGGCUACUUUAAACGUGUCUGGCGCCGUUGGAUGAACCAUAUUCAGUGCCUUUUUGGACGCAGCCGCCGUGCACUCAUGUAAGGCCUUAUAAUGAAUUGAGGUGUCCGUAGGUCUUACGGAGCCGCGCUUUGCACAGAUAUCGCAAGCUCUAUGCUCAUUUGCCGCUCAUGCGCGCUAAUAAUGCACUCUUUCUGUCAGUACCA